UCAGCAAAUGCAGGGCCAGGCAGGAGGAAGACCUGCCCCAGCCUUGCCCGCCUUGCCCGCCUUGCCCCAGGGCCAGGGUCUGUGCCAGGCGUAGGUGCAGGGGGAAGAGGCAGGGUGAGUCAGAGGCCCCACCCCACCUUUACUUGAGGGGCCCCCGCAGCUCUCUGCCACACCGCUGCUGUCCACUGUGCAGCCAUGGCAGGGAGCCUGAAUGUUCCCCACAAGAUCUCACUGCCUGACACUGUCCGUGCGGGGAGUGUGAUGAGAAUUCGGGGCUCUGUCCCUGAGAAUGCCAGCAGGUUCCACGUGAACCUGCUGCUCAGCGAGGGGCAGGACUCGGACGCCGCCCUGCACUUCAACCCGCGGAUGGACGAGGCUGUGGUCGUGUUGAACAGCAAGGCCAGUGGAAAAUGGGGCCGUGAGGAGCGCGGCAUGGGGCUUCCGUUCCAGCGGGGGCAGCCCUUCGACCUGCUGCUCAUCGCCACCGAGGACGGCUUCAAGGCGGUGGUCGAGGACACCAUCUAUUACCACUUCCGUCACCGGCUGCCCAUGGGGAAUGUGAGGCUGCUGGAGGUGGCCGGUGACGUGCAGCUGCAGUCGGUGACGAUGGUCUGAGGGGAGCCUGCUUGGCUGGGGGGGGCGGGGACGGAGCCUGGGAUGGCAAAUAAAGUGCUUUCGUGCAGUUUC